AUGCGCUUUAUUGGAUCAGCGGUGAAUCGCGUUCCUGGUGCGCUGUGCCGGAAGUUCAACCACAAGGCCUCCUAUUGCUACAAGCUUCCGCCAAGUGUCAGCCUUCAGGAAGGAGCAAUGUUAGAACCCCUUUGCGUUUCUUUGCAAGCCGUCACCCGAGCCAAGGUGGGCGUGGGCCACCAUGUUUUUGUGAGUGGUGCUGGCCCCAUUGGCCUCAUGACGGCCAUGUGUGCCAAAGCGGCUGGAGCUGCUACUGUAACGAUUACUGACAUGGUAGAUGCCAAGUUGGAGAAGGCCAAAGAAAUUGGUGCAGAUUACACACUCAAAGCCGACAUGCCCGAUUUGCUCUCUGCGCUGGAGAGCUGCAUUGGGGAGAAGUUUGACAUGAGCUUUGAGUGUUGUGGGGUGCCCGCGGCCCUCAACAGCUGCAUACAAGCAACGAUGCCCGGUGGUGUCGUGUGCGUUGUGGCGAACCUGCCACAAAGCAUUCCGCUCGAUUUGCAAGUGGCGGUGAGGCAUGAAGUGGACAUCAUUGGUGUUUAUCGAUAUUGCAACCUGUAUCCCCGAGCACUGGCCUUGGUCUCCAGUGGGAAGAUCAACCUGAAGCCACUGAUUUCCAAGACUUUCCAGCUCGAAGAGGCACAGGCCGCUUUUGAACACUUCGCCUCUGGUGAGCCCAUCAAGGUGAUUAUCCAGCCCAGUGCGCCCGAGCAAUUAGUCUGA